UAAAUCUUUUUAUCAAGAUCAUCCCGAAUAUCUCGCUACAGUACGAAAUGGGUGCCCAAAUAUCGAAAAGAAAGCACUUCAGAAGGCCAUUCAAAUGUCUUAAAAACACACUCAAUCUUUCUUCUGUCUCCCGAGCUACAAAAGAAUCAGUUAAACUCAACACUGGAGAGAUUGCCUGUAGAGAUUCUAUUGAAAAUCAUUCGAUAUCUCAAUGUCUCAGAUGUUUCCAUUGCAUUCACAUCUCCUCGCAUGUAUGUAAUAUUCAAAGACGUGUUUCCGCGACCAAUUAGUUUAUGUAACACCGAUGUUACCCCUCAUAUCGAUCAUCUUGAUGCUCUCAAGAGCAGAAAAGUGCAUUCAAAACUCAUCAAGUACGCGCCAAUGCUGCGUAUAUAUAAGCGCAAAGACUACAUAUACAGAGUAGUAACACGCGUAUGUAAGCCGGCAAGAUACGAUAUGAAUCUUGAGAUCUUAUAUCGCUACGAACACUAUGGUCGGUUUCUUCGUCGACCAUAUUACGAUAACAAAACGAAUUACAAAGAUCUUAAGGACAAGUAUCGUGAUUAUGAGUUGUUCGCCCAUUGCUGGGCCAAAAUUAUGGAGGGAGUAUUCACAUAUCCGUACCCGCACAACAAGGGACGAGUCAUCUACGAGAUGGAAAUGAAGCAAGAAAUUCGUCGGUUACUGGAUUCCAUGGAUGAUGCAACUCCUAAGCAGUAUAUCUUACGCGAGUUUUUCAUGACGGAGUUCCUAGCAAUUGGUUCGUAUGAACAGGUGAAAGACCUCGUUCUUGUAAAUUUGUCUUUAAUACAUUUUAGUCAAUAGAGAGAGAUGUCAAACUUCUGAUUUCAGACGGAGACAAA